AUGGUCCAAGUGGUUGGAAACCGGUCGGUUGAUGAAGAGAGGCGCCUCACUCGCCACGCUGCUGACACAAGCACAGUGUCGUCUACAGGCGGCUACGUCGCACAGCUGAAGAGUAUCUCUGGCUCUUCCAAAACCAUGUUGGGUCCAGGCGCCCACCUACAUGCUCAUCUUAGAGAUGUUCUUGGGUGCCAGCGUGGUGGAUCAUCCACAGAGGCCAUAUAUUAUGAAGAGAGGAACUCUGGUCUCCCGGAGCUGCUCGGAGGCGACCACGGGCGCCUGCUUCUCGUAUGCAUGAAACGACACUUCGGAUCCCAAUGGCGGAAGGGACGCAUCAACCGGGCAUAUUUAGGGCGAAACUUUGCGAGUGAAAUGCAGAAAUUGCUGGCAGUAAUGAAGAGGGAGGAGGUAAGUGAAAGUCACAGCUCAUCAAGUGAACACAUCGAGGGUCGAAACACCACCUGCCAGGCGCCUGGAGGAGAACACCAGGCGCCUGGAGAACACCAGGCGCCUGGAGAACACCAGGCGCCUGGAGAACACCAGGCGCUUGGAGAACACCAGGCGCCUGGAGAACACCAGGUGCUUGGAGAACACCAGGCGCUUGGAGAACACCAGGCGCCUGGAGAACACCAGGCGCCUGGAGAACACCAGGCGCCUGGAGAACACCAGGCGCCUGGAGUAGAACACCAGGCGCCUGGAGUAGAACACCAGGCGCCUGGAGUAGAACACCAGGCGCCUGGAGGAGAACACCAGGCGCCUGGAGGAGAACACCAGGCGCCUGAACAAGAACAUCAGACACCUGAACAAGAACAUCAGGCGCCUGAACAAGAACAUCAGGCGCCUGAACAAGAACAUCAGGCGCCUGAACAAGAACAUCAGGCUCCUGAACAAGAACAUCAGACACCUGAACAAGAACAUCAGACACCUGAACAAGAACAUCAGGCUCCUGAACAGGAACAUCAGACACCUGAACAAGAACAUCAGGCUCCUGAACAGGAACAUCAGGCGCCUGAACAAGAACAUGAGGCUCCUGCAGGAGAACAUCAGGCGCCUGAACAAGAACAUCUGGCCCUCGCACAUGCCUCUCAGUUCUACCCAAUAACUGACACGUGCUACAGUGACGACUGUGUAAUGGGUGCCAAGAGAUUUAACAUUUACAAGAACAAAAGUGUGUGA